AUCUCCCUCUUAAAAAUAGCUUUCCCUCCAAAAAAAUGUAAAAAAUUCAAAACCCACAAGUCGUCUCCUUCCUUCUUCAACCUCUGCAUCUCUGUUAUAUAUUUACCAUCGACAGUGUAUCCUUCAUCGUUACCCAAAACCCACAAGCAAAGCUUCCUCCUUUUUCAUCCCUACACUCACAAUCUUCUCUUAUAAAGUCCCUACCACCAUGGCCACCCUCAACAAUGACACCUCUAGAGAUGUUACCGCCGAUCAGAAACUUCGAGGUUCCGGUGCGAUUCAUGUUAUCAUGGGUCCGAUGUUUUCUGGGAAAUCAACCUCUCUCCUCCGCCGAAUCAAGUCAGAGAUCAGCCUCGGAAGAAGCGUUGCGAUGGUGAAAUCGAGCAAGGACACGAGAUAUGCUAAAGAUUCAGUGGUGACUCACGACGGAAUUGGAUUCCCUUGUUGGGCUAUUCCAGAUCUUAUGUCGUUUCCAGACAUGUUCGGACAAGAUGCUUAUGACAAGCUUGAUGUGAUUGGUAUUGAUGAGGCUCAGUUCUUUGGAGAUCUUUAUGACUUCUGCUGCAAAGCAGCUGAUAACGAUGGCAAAACUGUGAUUGUGGCAGGCCUUGAUGGUGAUUACUUAAGGAGGAGAUUUGGUGCUGUUCUUGAUAUCGUACCAAUAGCUGAUUCUGUGACGAAGCUAACUGCGAGGUGUGAGGUUUGUGGGCAGAAAGCUUUCUUCACUCUGAGAAAGACUUGUGACACCAAAACUGAGCUGCUUGGUGGUGCUGACGUCUAUAUGCCGGUUUGUCGCAAGCACUACGUUAACAAUCGAAUUGUUAUCAAAGCUUCAAAGAAAGUGUUGGAUUCUGACAAGGAAAGAGCUAAGCCCUGUGUGGAGACAGUUGAUGCUGACCCAUCUAUAACUGGCUAUUGAACCAGUAACAUAUAUGAUAGUGAAACUCUGUUCUACUGUGUGUUUUGUUUUUACUUGUCUAUGUUGUCUUUGAAAACACUUGUGAUGUUUCUUGUAUAAUAUGUAUGUAUACGUUUGAUUUGAUGAUAUCUCUAUGGCUUCUGAUCCAUGUUUGUUUCAAGCA